AUCGCUCGUUCGAUUCACUCCGCUGCAAAGGAAAUCGACGACGGGAAUUGGAAAUCAGCACAGGAAGGCGGCUACCGGAAAGUGAGAUGCGGAAGGCGCUGAGAAUCUACGGCGAGGUGCUCAGGCUGGUGAGGCGGCUGCCUAAGGAUACAAGGCCGUACUACGCCAAAUACGCCCGUGAAAACUUCGUCAACUACCGAGAACUGGACGCCAAUGACGACACGUCGCCCGAUGAGCUCUUCCAUCGAGCCUACAACCACUCCCUCUGGGUUCUCAACAAGGUGUACUCGGUGGAGGAGUCGGCAGCUAACAAGUUGAAGGAGAUUUGUUCCGGGUGAAAGCAGAAUUGAAUUGGCCCCGUGCGCGCCAGGUGUUUGUUGUUAUGCCAGAACGAGUAUGCUACUAUGUUUCCUUUCUUUCUUUCAUUUUUUUCUUCUGUAUUUUGCUCCUUCAACCCAUUUGGGUAUUUGGAUUCGGAGUUGAUUUUGGGAGCUGGAUCAUAAAAGGCCGUAGAUGUGGGGAGUAAUGGUGUUCUCUGUUGGUUCAUAAGCUAGAGCAGAGCCUUAAUUCUUCUACCUUCAUUUGAGAAUGGUAUCUAUCUGCUCCUGGGAGGUGAAUUAAAACAUGAAGGAGCUUGUACGCCUUCAUUUGAGAUAAUGAGAUUUCCAAGCCAAACAUUUUUUU